AUGGCGGUCGAUUUGGAAGAACAAAAUUGUGCAUGGAAUGUUAUAACUGCUGCACUUUCUCCACUACAUGGUGCUACAACAAUCUCCGACACUCAACUUGGUCCCGCAAUCAACCUGAUACAAAAAUACAGCUAUGGUCCAAUCGUUGAAGAAUGGUAUCUGGAGUCGCUACAACAAGACCUCCGGCAGCAAAUUGCCCCGGCAUUUUGGGAUAGUUUCAUGGACAAUUCAGAAUGCCUUGUGUCACAACUGUGUUCAUCAAUACAAAGACUUAAUGCAAGUUUGCUGGAAUAUCAAAGAUGCACAAACAUCUGUUCGAGAAUUUCACAGUCUGGCGAUCCCAGUUCCGAUGUCAAAAGCAAAGUUGAGGCGUUGUUUAAAUCUGUGAUAUUCUACUGCACGCCGAAACAUUUUGACAAUGACGUCAAUCAGUUUUAUUCGCUUGCCUUCAAAGUGUUCAGGAGCCAGGGCAAGGACGAGGAUUGUGAAGAGGAAGGUGCUAGUACUGCCAGUUGUUCAGUUUGUACGGAAAAAGGGGCCAUCUGUCAAUGUCAAGAUAUUCUUAGCAAAUUCCACUUGGUCAACAGGUUAUUGAAUGAGCUUGGUUUGUUGGAGAGAGUUUGCGGCGAAUCCAUUACCAAUAUUUGUCACCAGCAAAUCAAGCAACACAUCACUCACAUGUGCAAAGGAAACUUUGAGACAUCAUAUAUGUCAACCUUAGAAAAGUGGUUAGAAAAGAAAGUGGUCGGUUGGCUUGCGUGGGUUUAUGAAGGAACUAUCACGACGUCGCAAAAUAAUGUCGAGUCAUUUCAUAGUCGAUUGCAUCACUUCCUGUCGGAGACAUAUGCUGAUGCGAGAAUCCAUGAACUUUUUGACAUCAUUAUCGAAUUUCCUGAGUCAGAGCCAGCAAUUUUGGAUUUGAAAACAUGCCUUGAGAAAACAGAUCUGAGAAGUACGCUAUUGGUGUCAUUGAAAAAUGCCCUGGAGACAAGGUUGCUACAUCCAGGUGUGAACACUGCUGACAUUCUCACUGCAUAUAUCUCUGCCAUCCGAGCGUUGAGGGUUUUGGAUCCAACCGGCGUCAUCCUAGAGUUGGUGUGUGAACCAGUCAGAAAAUACCUCAGGAACCGUAAUGACACUGUUCGCUGCAUCGUGUCUAGUCUGACCGAGGAAGGAAGCAGUGACCUUUCUGACGAACUCUGUAAGGCACAGCCAUUGGUCCUCGAUGAGAGUUACCAUAGCGAUGAUGUGGGCGAGGACUGGGAGCAGUGGGUACCUGACCCAGUUGAUGCUGAUCCAGGAAAAACCUCCAAGAGUCGACGCUCUUCUGACAUCAUCAGCAUGUUGGUCAACAUCUAUGGAAGCAAGGAACUCUUCGUGAAUGAAUACCGCAACCUCCUCGCUGAUCGCAUCCUAACACAGUUCAGCUACGAUACUGAGAAAGAGAUCCGAUACCUGGAGCUGCUGAAGUUGAGGUUCGGCGAGGCACAGUUACAUUACUGUGAGGUGAUGCUGAAGGAUGUGGCAGACUCGCGGAGGAUCAAUCAUCAUAUUACUGAUGCCAAGAACAAGAAAAUAGUACCAGAUGAGGGUAUACCAGUAAAUGCCAUGGUCCUCUCAGCACAGUUCUGGCCAUCAUUCCGAGAAGAGAAGAUAGAACUUCCAGAAGAGUUACAGUCAUCGCUGGAUACAUACACCAAAGCAUUUGAAACAUUGAAGGGCAACAGGACGCUUAGCUGGAAGCCUCAUCUAGGCUUGAUGAAUGUUGAGAUCGAGUUGAAAGACCGCAAGAUAGAACUGAAUGUUUCUCCAGUCCAUGCCACUAUUCUCUGGUAUUUUCAGGAAAAACCCAAGUGGACAAUUGAGGAAUUAGGGAAGGUGAUGCACAUGCCAAGCUCGGCCUUACGACGGAAGAUCACGUUUUGGCAGAGUCAGGGUAUCUUGAAGGAGGAAGCUACAGACACAUUCACUCUCCUUGAGGAGCAGAGAGGACGACAUCAUGACAUCGUGGUGGUGGAGGAUGACGAGAUAGAGUCUGCGAUGGCAUCAUCUCAGGAUCAGAGAGAGGAAGAACUACAGGUUUACUGGUCCUACAUUGUCGGCAUGCUGACAAACUUAGAAUCUCUUCCCUUGGAACGUAUCCAUUCGAUGUUGAAAAUGUUUGCAAUGCAAGGUCCGACAACAUCUGAGUGCAGUAUACCUGAACUGAAAGCAUUCUUGGAUAGGAAAGUGAAAGAACAAAAGUUGAUAUAUUCUGGAGGUGUCUAUAGACUUGCAGGAAAGGGUGGCUCAUAGGAGUUUCCCCCUCAGGCUGUUGCUCUGUUGGGAGUGACUGGGAAAGUUUUAAGAUGUCCGAAACUGAUACAGAUAAUUUGAAGGACAGGAAUGGACUUAUCCUAUGAUGAACAUUCAAUUAUGGUUGAACCCCAACCAUUUUAUAUGGUGACACCAGGGACCCCUUGAGAAUCAGUUACCAAUGGUCUUAAGGUGAACCCUUACUUUUUACAAAAUUUUCCAUUACCCAUGGACAGUUCACUGAAAAUCUGAAACCUGGUCACCUAAUUAUCUUAUGUGAAUGAAUGUGUGUGUUACAUGGAGAAAUGUAUGCACUGGAGAUUAUGAAAUAAAAUGAACAGGUACUCUAUUA